AAAGGGGCGCGCCAUUCGCUCGCGCGCAUCCGGGCAGUGUAGACGUGUGUUAGCGAGAGCAGCGACGACUCAACCAUGGCGGAUCAGCUUACCGAGGAGCAGAUCGCAGAGUUCAAAGAAGCCUUCUCUCUGUUCGACAAGGAUGGUGACGGCACUAUUACAACCAAGGAAUUGGGAACUGUGAUGCGUUCCCUCGGGCAGAAUCCAACAGAAGCAGAACUCCAAGAUAUGAUAAACGAAGUGGACGCUGAUGGCAACGGUACAAUCGACUUUCCAGAAUUUCUCACCAUGAUGGCGCGCAAAAUGAAGGAUACGGACAGCGAGGAAGAAAUCAGAGAAGCAUUCCGCGUGUUCGACAAGGACGGAAACGGCUUCAUCAGUGCCGCUGAAUUGCGACACGUGAUGACCAACCUGGGUGAGAAGCUCACCGAUGAAGAAGUCGACGAGAUGAUCAGAGAAGCGGACAUCGACGGUGACGGGCAGGUCAACUACGAGGAGUUCGUCACAAUGAUGACAUCCAAGUGAAGUGCCGGCUUUGUGGUGCGGGAGAGGCGGGUUUUUCGGGACGCUUUACAGAGAUAAAAACACUGCAUUUCUGCUUUCCAUUAUGAACAAACGAUACACUAUGAAACAAUGAACUGAGUAGAAAAACUCGUGUAUUUAAAUCGUCGUGUGAUGAAGUGAUAAACCAACGGAUGAAACUAAAUUUUUGUAAAAAAAAUUGCCCUCGACCUUUACCCCCCUUAUCACAUCACCUACUUAACUAUGAGGUUUGUUAAUCAUAAUGUGUAAUGUUACACUUAGGAGUGCAUAUUUGUGUUGUAUAGUUUAAAGACUAUUUCCUGCGUUGUGGACCUAUUUUCCGGUCAAAAAGACAGUCUUCGUUUGUCAGUUUCGGCCCGGCCCGUCCGGGCCCAACUAGUUCUUAUCGAUUAGGUCUCCUACAUUUUCCUGUGCGGCCUUCCUUCCACAGCAUGUACAGAGUAGUAGUUAUUCUAGGCAGAUUUCAGACUUGGUUCGUUUUCCAUAUUUAGUGUCUGCAAAGUACCAAAUCAGCAGCGACCUGUGGAGCAUUUGGUGCGGCCUGCGGUGCUACUUGUGGAGGGUCUUCGAAAUUGCAAGAAAUACAGGGCUCUUCCAGAAGACCUUUUUGGGGUAGAUGCGUACUACGUCUUCAAGAUUUUACGAUGCACAGCAGUCAUCGAAGAAUUGUCUCCGCACAAGCUGUUGGUUCAGUCUGUGGUCUCCAAAAUUUGCUGUAGCUGGUUUAAAAUUGUGAUGUUUUGACUUAAUCUGUAAACAUUCCAAAUAAUUUUCAUUCAUUCAUUAAUUUUAAUACUAAAUACAUGACGUUAGUAUGUAUAUUAUACUGUUAUUUAAUUUUAAAGAAAUGUUAAUAAAUUUAAGUGUUUAAAA